AUGUCGUACGAUUUGACAGCAGCAGAAAGCCCAGCUUAUUCACCCUUCUUUGGGUAUAUGGGAGCAGCAUCAGCGCAGAUAUUUACCGUCCUUGGCGCAGCCUAUGGUACUGCUAAAUCAGCUGUGGGUAUCUCGAGUAUGGGUGUAAUGCGUCCCGAAUUGAUCAUGAAAUCCGUUAUUCCCGUCAUUAUGGCUGGCAUUAUUGGUAUUUACGGUCUAGUCGUGGCAAUGGUACUGAAAGGCAAAGUAACAAAAGCUUCAGAGGGUUAUACUUUAGAUAAAGGAUUCGCUCAUUUGGCUGCUGGUCUUACCUGUGGCCUGUGCGGUCUUGGUGCUGGUUAUGCCAUAGGUAUUGUGGGCGAUGCGGGAGUCAGAGGAACUGCUCAACAACCACGGCUUUUCGUUGGCAUGAUCCUCAUUCUGAUCUUUUCUGAGGUAUUGGGUUUAUAUGGCAUGAUUGUGGCUCUAAUUUUGGGAACGUCGUAA